GGGUCCGACUACGAGACAAGGGUUUUCCUUUGCCUCUUUAUUGGUCAGAAGAGAAAGACUCCAUUUAUGAAGGGUCUUCCUUUCCCGUCCUUGUUAGGUAAAGCUCACUUAUUACCUCUCUAAAACCCUCCUCAGAUCACAACUGGAUCUUGUCCUCUUUGGGUUUUUGAAACGUGCCCAUCGUCCCCAUUUUCUCUGUUUUCUAUUCAAUUCCUUGGAAAAAGAACACAACCCAGCUUCAAUUUCAAAUGGCGUCAGAGGCGUGUAAAGAGAAAACUUUCUCUGUGCUCCCCCAAAUGACAUCUCCUUCAGGCCUUCCGAUGUCAACUCCACGGCAGCAGAGGAUGAGUUUGUUGGUGGCUCAAGCCACUCUAAGAAUCUCAGCCAUCGUCUUCACAUUGAUCGCAAUCUCUGUUAUCGUCACCAACACCCAAUCUGUCAUCGUUUUUGGGAUAAAGUUCGAAGCACAUUAUACCUACUCAACUGCCUUCAAGUUCUUGGUUGGUGCUAAUGCUGUGGUGUGUGCCUUCUCUGCACUGUCAUUGAUCUUCUUAUCCUUGUUCUUAAGCCGUUCAGUGCCACAACAGCAGCAGCUCAAAAACUAUUUCUUUCUCUUGUUGCAUGAUGUGGUGAUGAUGGUGUUGAUAAUAUCUGGAUGUGCAGCUGCGACUGCAAUCGGUUACGUGGGGCGCUAUGGAGAGAAAAAAAUGACUUGGCAGCCUACAUGCGGCUAUGUCUCCAAGUACUGCAACAGAAUGUCCAUCUCUCUUGCCUUCUCCUAUUUGGCUUUCUUUGCCUACUUGCUUCUCACUUUCACCUCUGCCCUCACUCUCAUGUCUCACCCUACUACUCAAUGAGAAAUUUCCCUUUUUGUUCUUAGCAUUUGGGAAAUAUGCAGACAGAGUGAUAUUGCUUGCUUGCACAAUUUGAUUUUUUUAUGGCCAAUGAAAAAAAAACCUACAAGUAUGGCCUCUGUAGAAAUUAUGGUUAAUGAAUGGUUGGAUUUAUAUAUCGUAGUUGAUUAUGUUUAUAUUCUAGUCCUAUAUUCUCACUUGCUAAUUCCCAAUCACAAGUUCACAACCCCAGGAAGGAAGGAAGUGUUGAUGGAUGGCAAGGCAAAACAGCCAAAGAAAGAGAGUAAAGUGACACUCAUAGGUAUUAGGUAGGUACAUAGAUGACACUUUCUUACUUGUUUGUCAUCAAUUACUCGACACUCGAUUGGCGUAACAAACAGGGCAUCCCAUUUAAUUCCACAUACGUACGAACUUGUCAUCA